GACCCUGCGAGGAAGUCUUUUGCCUUUUACGUAUUCAAAGGUAGCGAAAGGUCUUUGUUGUUGCAACAGGAAGCAUUCGGUGUACGUAGCGCAGCUGCACUGCUUCAGAAACGCAUUGAAUUAUUGGCUGCUUUCGAUUCUUUUUUUGGACUCUAAAUUCUCAACGUUGUAUAUAUCGCACCGUUAUUAAACCUGCAUCAAUAGUCGCACGGGGCCAAUUCUCAAGAAUAUCGGGGAAUUUUAGACAAUCCAUCUAUCAAGGAGUUUGGUUUUGAACUGCAUUUGUUUUCAAGUCUCUCUGUUACGAACUUUUUUGAAGCAUUUUUAUUUUAUUUUUUCUUUUACAACAAAGUGAGCAUUAGACUUUUACUCACUAGCUUGUAAAGAAAUUUUGAGACUAUUUUUGUAAGCACUGCGCCAAGUUUUUCUGAGUGUCCAAUGCCCCAGACUGUCGCAAGCACGGCUGCUUCUCAGCCCGCUGCCCCUCAACUUCCUUCGUAUGGAGAAGCGCUUCAGGGACAACCUUGCUUGCAGCCAGUCCAAAUUCAGCAAUCACUCUCACCAGACAGUUGCGACAUCCAGUCCUCGAGACCAAAUCUUAGAAGAUUUAGAAGCAAUCAGGAACAAUACUUUCUUGGUGACGACUUUGUUCAAGAUCUUCCUGCUAGACUUCGCUCGAAUUCUGCCUCGUCAAUGUCGUCGCGUUCAACCACAGGGUCUAAUCGUUUAAACUCGUCAUUAAAUGGCAAUUGUGCGACCCGGACUUCCACUAAUAAAAGCAAUCGCGGCGAGAAGUAUGAGUACCAACGUGGACGCUCAAAUUCUCAGACUUCGGCCAUUUCAUCGCGGUCAAUGUCUGACGAUGUGUACAUGCCACCCGUGCAGACGUCUCUCAGCAAUCUGUCCAUCCAGUACGGGGAGACUCCACCCUUAUAUCACACUGUCAUUGGGAAUAACAAUCAGGGCUUAAAGAUGAUUACUAAACUCCCCCGGGUUCGGGAUAACUCAAAAAUACCUUCACAGUUUUAUCGGAAAGCGCCAAGGUGGACAGGUGCUGCUUUUCCUUCAACUCCAAUUGUCGUGUAUUCCCGUUCAAAAUAUUUAGCUGAUGGUUUCGCAUCCAAACUUCUUUUGCCAAUUACUAAAGAACGAGACGUUACGUUGGAAGAUUGGGGCCGUUUUUUUCACGAGAUACGUAGCGCUGGACACUAUACUGCUGGUGAGAUCACAAUCCCAGUUGUGUUGACGAUGACGGUUGGUGUUAGCGCAUUGCUAUUUAGUGGGCCUAUGUUUCGCAGUAUGAAAAAGAAGAAGAACGCUAAUAUUUUACAAAUUGUCGAAUUAUGGAAUCGCGCCUUCUUUUUACAGCGAGGGAUGCUUGUGUCUCUGUGUCGUGAUACAAAAUCAUUGAACGAUAUUGAGGGUUGUGACAAAAGUCGUAGCAUCGACUCAACUGAAUCGCUAGCGGAUUCCGCAAACAGAGUUUCUUCCGUCAAAAAAACAACCCCCGUUUCAAGCGACGGAAAGAACUCUAGUCGCAUGCGCUUUUUCCGUCGCCUGAAAAUAAAAAAUAACGAUUCCCCCGAAGAAGCAGAACGCAAGCGCCGUGAAAAGAAAUUAAGAAAGGAAAAUCAAAAUUGCUGCUAUAAGUUGACUAUAGAAGGAGUUCCAAGCUCCCGCUAAGGCACUUACGUUUUCGUUUCUUUGCCUCCCAUCUCCUCUCCUUAAAAGCUCUCUUUUUACACAUGAAAGUUCUACUCACUUGUGUUCUUUAAUAUUGUUCUGUCAUGAUUCUUUUUUAUAUCCUUCUGGAUUCUGUUUGUUUGUUUGUUUGUUUGCUUGAACCGGUCUAGCUAAGCAUUGUUUUACUUCUCUUCUUUUUUGUGUACGUUAUAACGAUCUUUAGGGGUGAACCUCUUCCUCAUGCAAUGUCUCUUAUGUCAAUAACCCCAUCAGUCCUGGUAUGAUAAAUGCCUCAUUAAGUAGAGCUAUCGCUUGCUAUAUCAGGUAAUUUUGUCUUGUUUUAUUUUUAGUGAA